CACUUUCCAAGUUCAAACAGUGAAAAACAAAAACCCAAAACCCGAAGGACUUUUUUUCUGCAUCAGUGCAUCCAAAUUCAAACUGAUAUCAGAUCUUGAACAUCGUAUGUGUAUACUGAAUCCGAGCUGAGUUGAGGUUCUCAUUUCCAAAUUCUUCAUUUUUAGCUUGGGUUACGUCUAUAAGGUGGUAGGGUUUAUGGCUUCUUAGUUAGAGGAAAGAAGAUGUCUAGGGUUUACGAGAACUGGGAGCGGUUGGUUCGAGCCACGCUCCGUAGGGAGCAGCUCCGGCAGAGCGGUCCCGGACACGGGAGGACUCCCAGUGGCAUCGCAGGUUCCGUCCCUGAUUCACUCCAGCGCUCCACUAAUAUCAAUGCCAUUCUUCAAGCCGCCGAUGAGAUUCAAGACGAGGACCCCAAUGUCGCAAGAAUUUUGUGUGAGCAGGCAUAUUCCAUGUCACAAAAUUUGGAUCCCAACAGUGAUGGCAGAGGUGUUCUUCAGUUUAAGACUGGCUUAAUGUCUGUUAUUAAGCAAAAACUUGCCAGGAGGGAUGGGGCUCAAAUAGAUCGGAAUCGUGAUAUUGAACGAUUGUGGGAAUUUUAUCAACAAUAUAAACGGCGAAACAGAGUGGAUGAUAUCCAGAGAGAGGAGCAACAGUUACGUGAAUCUGGGAAUUUUAGUGCAAAUUUUGGAGAGUUAGGACUUAGGUUUUCAGAAAUGAGGAAGGUAUUUGCUACUUUGAGGGCACUAGUUGAAGUGAUGGAGGCACUAAGCAAAGAUGCUGCUCCAGAGGGUGUGGUAAAACUUAUUAUGGAUGAGUUACGAAGGAUAAAGGCUUCAGACACGACUUUAUCAGGAGAACUCACUCCAUACAAUAUUAUUCCUCUUGAAGCAACAUCUUUCACCAAUGCUAUUGGAUUUUUUCCAGAAGUCAGGGGUGCAAUAUCAGCAAUUAGAUAUGGAGAACAUUUUCCUCGACUGCCAUCCAAUUAUGAAAUUUCUGGACAAAGGGAUUUGGACAUGUUUGAUCUUUUAGAAUAUGUCUUUGGCUUUCAGAAAGACAACAUAAGGAAUCAGCGUGAGAAUGUUAUUCUCACUGUAGCCAAUAUGCAAUCACGGCUUGGUAUUCCUGAUGGGGCUGAUCCAAAAAUAGAUGAAAAAGUUAUCACAGAGGUCUUUCUGAAGGUCCUUGACAAUUACAUCAAGUGGUGUAGAUAUUUACGCAUUCGCCUUGUGUGGAAUAAACUGGAAGCUAUUAACAGGGAUAGAAAACUUUUUUUGGUGUCCCUCUACUUCUGCAUAUGGGGUGAAGCUGCAAAUGUUCGUUUUCUACCGGAGUGCAUCUGCUACAUAUUCCACCAUAUGGCUAGGGAAUUAGAUGCUAUAUUGGAUCAUGGAGAAGCUUAUCCUGCUGCAAGUUGUACUGGUGAAAAUGGUUCUGUUUCGUUCCUGGAGCAAAUUAUCUGUCCCAUAUAUGAAACGAUGACAAAAGAAGUUGCCAACAACAAUAAUGGAAAAGCUGCACAUUCAAAGUGGCGGAAUUAUGAUGACUUCAAUGAAUACUUUUGGUCACCUGCAUGCUUUGAGUGGAGCUGGCCUUUUAAGAAGGAGGGUUCAUCAUUUUUGUUGUGGCCUAGAAAAGGGAAAAGGACCGGUAAAAGCACAUUUGUUGAACAUAGGACUUUUCUACACUUGUACCGAAGCUUUCAUCGUUUGUGGAUAUUUUUGGUUGUUAUGUUCCAGGCUUUGACUAUUGUGGCCUUCAGUGAUCAGAAAAUAAAUCUCAACUCAUUUAAAACACUGCUUAGUGUUGGUCCAACGUUUGCAAUUAUGAAUUUCAUAGAGAGCUGUUUAGAUGUUCUCCUUAUGUUUGGAGCUUAUAGUACAGCAAGAGGCAUGGCUAUAUCGAGACUUGUUAUAAGGUUUUUCUGGACUGGUUUUGGCUCAGCAUUUGUGACCUAUGUUUAUCUGAAACUUUUAGAGGAAAGGAAUAGAAACAACUCAGACUCAUUAUAUUUUCGCAUAUACGUCCUUGCAUUGGGUGUAUAUGCAGGCAUACGUAUAGUGUUUGCGCUACUAACCAAGUUCCCUGCUACUCAUACUCUUUCGGAAAUGUCUGAUCAAUCAUUCUUUCAAUUUUUUAAGUGGAUUUAUCAGGAGCGAUAUUUUGUUGGCCGUGGCCUAGUUGAGAAGACCACAGACUAUAUAAAGUACGUGCUCUACUGGUUGGUGAUCUUCAUUUGCAAAUUUACUUUUGCUUACUUCCUUCAGAUUAAACCCUUGGUUGAGCCUACUAGGGUAAUUAGACAUCUUCCUUCGUUGCCGUACUCAUGGCAUGAUCUUGUGUCAAAGAAUAAUAAUAAUGCAUUGACCAUUGUCAGCUUGUGGGCUCCUGUUAUUGCUAUUUAUCUUAUGGAUAUUCACAUAUGGUACACUCUGCUAUCUGCCAUUGUUGGUGGUGUAAUUGGAGCACGGGCUCGGUUAGGAGAGAUACGUUCGAUUGCAAUGGUUCAUAAACGUUUUGAGAGCUUUCCUGAAGCAUUUGCCAAGAAUCUUGUGUCUCCUGAGGCAAAGAGGAUGCCUUUUGAUGGACAAUCCUCUCAGAGUUCUCAAGAUGAUAGCAAGGCAUAUGCAGCAUUGUUUUCUCCAUUUUGGAAUGAGAUCAUCAAAAGCUUGCGCGAAGAAGAUUUUAUUAGUAAUAGAGAAAUGGAUUUGCUUUCUAUGCCCAGCAACACUGGAAGUCUUAGACUAGUUCAAUGGCCACUUUUCCUACUCAGUAGUAAGAUCUUGCUGGCAAUUGACUUAGCUUUAGAUUGCAAAGAUUCCCAAGCUGAUCUUUGGAACAGAAUAUGCAAGGAUGAAUACAUGGCCUAUGCUGUUCAGGAGUGUUAUUACAGUAUCGAAAAGAUUUUAUAUUCUCUAGUUGAUGGAGAAGGGAGGCUUUGGGUUGAAAGAAUAUACCGAGAGAUCAACAAUAGUCUUUCAGAAGGUUCCCUUUUCACAGCUUUGACACUUACAAAACUCCCAAAUGUAUUGUCAAAACUGGCAGCACUAACUGGACUUUUGAGUCGAAAUGAAACUCCUGAACUUGCCAAAGGUGCUCCCAAAGCCAUGUAUGAACUGUAUGAGGUUGUUACACAUGAUCUCCUAGCACCUGGCUUGAGGGAGCAGCUUGAUACAUGGAACAUAUUGGCAAGGGCAAGAAAUGAGGGACGGCUGUUUUCUAGGAUGCAGUGGCCAAAGGAUCCCGAAACUAAGGAGCAAGUUAAAAGGUUGUACCUUCUCUUCACUGUAAAGGAUUCUGCUGCUAACAUACCCAGUAACCUUGAAGCAAGAAGAAGAUUGGAAUUUUUCACAAAUUCUUUAUUUAUGGACAUGCCUCAAGCGAAGCCAGUUUUUCAAAUGAUGCCAUUCUGUGUCUUCACACCUUACUAUAGUGAAACAGUGCUUUAUAGUUCUUCUGAGUUGCGAAGUGAAAAUGAGGAUGGUAUAUCUAUACUCUUCUAUCUGCAGAAAAUAUUUCCAGAUGAAUGGGUAAAUUUUUUGGAGCGGAUUGGUAGAGGUGAUACCGCAGAUAGUGAAGUUUUUCAAGAAAGCUCAAGUGAUGCUUUAGAGCUUCGGUUUUGGGCCUCUUAUCGGGGCCAAACUCUUGCUAGGACAGUACGUGGUAUGAUGUAUUAUAGGAGGGCUUUAAUGCUGCAAAGUUUUAUGGAAAGGAGACCACUGGGAGAGGGGGUUUAUUCCCAGACGAAUUUUCCCACAACACACAGUUUUGAGUUGUCCCAUGAAGCAAGAGCGCAAGCUGAUUUAAAGUUCACUUACGUGGUUUCAUGCCAGAUUUAUGGGCAGCAGAAGCAAAAAAAGGCUCCAGAGGCAGCUGAUAUUUCUCUACUAUUACAAAGGAAUGAAGCACUUAGAGUCGCUUUUAUACAUGUGGAAGAAAAUGCUGGAGCUUCAAAGGAAUUCUAUUCGAAACUUGUUAAGGCUGAUGCACAUGGUAAAGAUCAGGAAAUAUACUCGGUUAAACUUCCAGGAGAUCCAAAGCUAGGGGAAGGAAAGCCAGAAAACCAAAACCAUGCCAUAAUUUUUACCCGUGGGGAAGCUAUUCAAACAAUUGACAUGAAUCAGGAUAACUACCUUGAGGAGGCAAUGAAGAUGAGGAACCUUCUUGAGGAAUUCCAUGAAAAUCAUGGACUUCGGCCACCCACCAUACUUGGCGUAAGGGAGCAUGUAUUCACAGGAAGUGUCUCAUCAUUAGCAAUGUUCAUGUCCAACCAAGAGACCAGCUUUGUGACAUUGGGACAACGGGUUUUGGCUAAGCCUCUCAAGGUCCGAAUGCACUAUGGACAUCCUGAUGUUUUUGACCGAAUUUUUCAUAUUACUCGAGGUGGCAUUAGUAAAGCAUCACGUGUUAUAAACAUCAGUGAAGAUAUUUAUGCAGGAUUUAAUUCUACAUUACGGCAAGGCAACAUAACUCAUCAUGAAUAUAUUCAGGUUGGUAAGGGAAGGGAUGUUGGAUUAAAUCAGAUAGCCUUAUUUGAAGGCAAGGUGGCUGGUGGUAAUGGGGAGCAAGUUCUGAGCAGGGAUGUUUACAGGCUUGGCCAGCUCUUUGAUUUCUUUAGGAUGCUUUCCUUCUUUUUCACGACCGUUGGCUACUAUGUUUGUACAAUGAUGACAGUUCUUACAGUUUAUAUUUUCUUGUAUGGGAGAACAUAUCUGGCUUUUUCUGGACUUGAUGAGGGAAUUUCACGUCGAGCUAGAUUUUUGGGUAACACUGCAUUGGAUGCUGUUCUAAAUGCACAAUUUUUUGUUCAGAUAGGAAUUUUCACUGCAGUUCCAAUGAUAAUGGGCUUUAUACUUGAAAAAGGGUUGUUGAAGGCUGUUUUCAGCUUCAUAACAAUGCAGAUGCAACUUUGUUCUAUCUUCUUCACAUUUUCAUUAGGGACCCGAACUCAUUAUUUUGGGCGCACUAUUCUCCAUGGAGGUGCAAAGUACCGUGCCACUGGAAGAGGAUUUGUUGUUCGACACAUCAAGUUUGCAGAGAACUAUAGGCUGUACUCUAGAAGUCAUUUUGUCAAGGCGUUAGAAGUUGCUCUUCUUCUAACAGUUUACAUUGCAUAUGGAUACACAAAAGGAGGUGCCAGUUCAUUUAUUCUACUUACUCUAAGCAGUUGGUUCCUUGUUAUAUCAUGGCUGUUCGCUCCUUAUAUAUUCAAUCCAUCUGGAUUUGAAUGGCAAAAGACUGUUGAGGAUUUUGAUGAUUGGACCAGUUGGCUUCUAUACAAGGGGGGAGUAGGUGUGAAGGGAGAUAAUAGUUGGGAAUCAUGGUGGGAUGAAGAACAGAUGCAUAUUCAGACAUUGAGAGGCCGGAUACUGGAAACAAUAUUGAGUUUGAGAUUUUUUAUUUUCCAGUAUGGUAUUGUAUAUAAGCUGCACUUGACAGGGGAUGACACCUCUCUAGCGGUUUAUGGAUUCUCAUGGGUUGUACUCAUUGGGAUAGUUAUGAUCUUUAAGAUAUUUACAUUUAGUCCCAAGAAAUCCACAAACUUCCAGCUCAUGCUUCGAUUUAUUCAAGGAGUGACCGCCUUGGGGCUUGUUGCUGCCCUUUGCCUUGUUGUUGCAUUGACCAGGCUUUCUAUUGCAGAUUUGUUUGCUAGUGUCCUCGCGUUUGUUGCUACUGGAUGGGCCAUUAUUUGUCUGGCGAUCACAUGGAAGAGGGUGGUGAGAAGCUUAGGCAUGUGGGAUUCCGUAAAAGAAUUUGCCCGAAUGUAUGAUGCUGGAAUGGGAAUGAUAAUCUUUGCUCCUAUUGCAGUAUUGUCCUGGUUCCCAUUUGUUUCUACCUUCCAGUCUCGCAUACUAUUUAACCAAGCUUUCAGUCGUGGGUUGGAGAUCUCUAUCAUUCUUGCUGGGAACAAAGCCAAUAUGGAGCCUUCAGCUUAUUAGACCAAGCAGCCAUGGAAAAUUAGUACAGUUGACCUUUGUAUUCCUAUAUUUUGCAUUCAUUUGUUUCUUUUUAUAUAUAUUAUUAUGUGAAUAUUCAAAGGUUGGCUUGUAACAUUUAUUUUAUUUUUACAAAACAUUUAUGUUGGCAAUGCUGAGAGUUUUCUUGGGCGUGUUAGCUACUGCAAGAAUGGUUUAUUUUUCUGAACUAGUGACUAUGCGGUUGACUGAAGUUUGUAAAUAUGUGCUCAUACACUACUUUUUUCAUGUAUUACUAUAUGUGUAUUUCGGGUUGUGUAUGAAUGCAUUACUUGAUAAUAGAAUGGCGUUGUUUAUGUCUUACA